CCGCGUAAGCUGUUCGAGAAUUCUCUCAUCUUCUCCCCUCUAAUAAAAUUGUUCUUCCAAGUUCCUACUUCGCAUUUCUUCUUUUCUGGUUGGUAAUAACAGUCAAAACACAAGUCCACCGUUCUGUACUUUUCUGCUUUGCGCUUCUAAUCGUUUCCAAUUCGUCAUUACACAGACACAGUUAGGUUAGUUAGUUAGUUAGAUAGUUGGUUAAUCUUAUGAACACAAUCCGAUCCCGUUGGUUGUCGAGAAUGGCAGAAGAUAUUGGCAAAAACAACAACCUCGAAUCCUCUGCCGCAACACGACGUCGUUUUUGGCCUUCUGUUCUGCGUUGGAUCCCCACUUCCACGGAUCACAUCAUCAACGCCGAGAAGCGCCUUCUUUCUCUUGUCAAGACUCCGUUUGUUCAAGAACAGGUUAAUAUAGGGUCCGGUCCACCGGAAUCCAGAGUUAGAUGGUUCCGUUCAUCGAGCAAUGAGCCACGCUUUAUUAACACUGUUACGUUUGAGAGUAAAGAUGAUGAUUCUCCUACGCUGGUAAUGGUUCAUGGAUAUGCAGCGGCACAGGGUUUCUUUUUUCGCAAUUUUGAUGCUCUCGCAAGUCGUUUCAGAGUCAUUGCUAUUGAUCAACUUGGUUGGGGUGGAUCUAGCAGGCCUGAUUUUACAUGCAAAAGCACUGAAGAAACUGAGGCAUGGUUCAUUGAUUCUCUUGAGGAAUGGAGGAAGGCCAAAAACCUGAGCAAUUUUAUACUACUUGGGCAUUCUUUUGGUGGUUAUGUUGCUUCCAAAUAUGCGCUUAAGCACCCUGAGCAUGUACAGCACUUGAUUCUGGUGGGAUCUGCUGGAUUUUCUCCGGAAUCAGAGAGGAUUACAAAGUUCUUAUCAACAUGGAAAGGUUCGAUUCUGAACCGUAUAUGGGAAUCUAAUUUUACACCACAGAAAGUUAUAAGAGGUCUAGGUCCUUUGGGUCCUGAUAUAGUCCACAGGUAUACAAGUGCUAGGUUUGUUACACUUACAACUGGGGAAAGGCUGACAGAAUCUGAAUCGAGAUUACUGACAGAUUAUGUUUACCAUACUUUAGCAGCCAAAGCUAGUGGCGAGCUGUGCUUAAAACAUAUUUUUUCAUUUGGAGCAUUGGCGAGGUUGCCCCUUCUUCACAGUUCCUCACAGUGGAAGGUGCCCACCACUUUCAUAUAUGGUUUCCAAGACUGGAUGAAUUAUGAAGGGGCCCAAGAAGCUCGCAAGCAUAUGAAGGUUCCAUGUGAAAUUAUUAGGGUUCCGCAGGCCGGGCACUUUGUGUUCAUUGACAACCCAACUGGCUUCCAUUCAGCUGUGUUUUAUGCUUGUCGAAGAUUUCUUAGGCCUGAUCCCGACACUGAAUCCCUUCCUGAAGGGCUGACCUCUGCAUAGAAAAUAAUUUUGUGCAGUGCUGUCUAUAUAUAUAUAUUUUUUCAAAAAAUUACAAAUUAAAUUCCAUAAUUUAAUCAAGCUUUGUUCUAGUCUUAAUUGAAUAUAUGUUGUCGGAGCAAUUCAAAGAAAAACAAUGUGUAAUAUAAGUUUGAUAACUGAAACAUGUGCUGAAUAAACCUGUUAUUAGGUUAUUUAUUUUUGUAACAUCAAUGAAAAUUUAGG